CGACCACCGUAGAAAGAUAUAGUUAUUUUAAAUUCCCGGGAAUCGAGAGGUCAGAGUAGAAUUCAUAUCCAUAUCCACGCUGGUGGCCGCCGGGUAGCACAAGCAUUCCUCCGAUCGGAGACUGUUUACUCUCUGAUCUCCGCCUUCUCUUUGGAGCUUCAUCGAAUGGCAUUCAAGAAACUGCCAAAACCCGUCUUCAAACCUUUGCAGUAUUCUUCAUCGGCUCGUGUUAUCUCUAUAGAAAACACUAAUCUAGCCAGCCUGCCUGGAAACUCUUCACCUGCCCCUCUCCCAACAGUCUCACUCUCCCUCACGUCUCAAGAAAAGUUGCUGCAAUUCCUUAGAACCCAUCUCAAACCCUCAUUUACUCCUCAAGAUCUCCUCAAGUUUCUGAAAAAAAAGCUACAUCAUCACCCCAAAUUUACACAGUUCGAUAUCCACAUCUUUCGAUGGGCUUCCGGGGUCGAUUCGUUCCGUCACGAUCACUCCACCUAUGAAUGGAUGGUCAGAACUCUAGCGAUCACCAACCGGUUCGUUGAGCUCCAGUCCGUCCUUGAAAGCAUGGUUUCGAACCCUUGUCCUUGCUCUGAUGGAAUUUUCUCGUGCCCUAGGACUGAACCCAUUUUCAGAUUCGCCAUUAAUUCUUACUGUAGAUUUGGGCGAUUGGAUGAGGCGUUGUUUGCAUUUGAAAGCAUGCGGAAAUCGAUUGAUGGUAAACCUAGUGUAAUUCUCUAUAAUGUAUUGAUUAAUGGCUUUGUUAGAUCCAGAGAACAUCAGAAAGCUUUGGAUUUGUAUGGGGGGAUGCUCAAAGAUAGGGUUAAACCGGAUGUGUUUACUUUUAAUAUAUUGAUCAGCAGUUACUGUCGCAAUGCACAGUUCCAGUCUGCUCUAGGUUUGUUUAAAGAAAUGAGAGCCAAGGGUUGUGAACCUAAUGUCAUUAGUUUCAAUACGCUGAUUAAGGGGUUUUUCAGAGAGAAGAAAUUCAAAGAGGGGAUUGRGAUGGCAUAUGAAAUGCUUGAUUUGGGUUGCGACUUUUCGAAUGCAACGUGCGAGAUUCUGCUUGAUGGGCUUUGUAGAGAAGACAGGGCUUUGGAGGCUUGUGAUCUCUUGAUUGACUUUGCAAGAAAAGGUGUUGUUCCUGAUGGGUUUGAUUGUUUCAAUCUCGUUCAGGGGCUCUGUAGGGAAGCUAAAGCAGAUAGGGCAUUGCUACUAGUGGGUGAGUUGUGGAAUAAAGGGAAAUUUCCAAGCCCUGUUGCCUGUACCACUCUGAUUGAAGGCUUGAAGGGAUUGGGAAGAAUAGAGGAAGCAUCGUGUUUGAUGAUAAGAAUGUUAAAGGAAGGGAUUUUACCAGAUAGUGUGACAUAUAACUGUCUUCUCCUAGUUCUGUGCAAUGUGGGAAGAACAAUGGAUGCACAUAGAUUAAAGGUUUUAGCUUCUAGCAAGGGUUUGGAACCAGAUGGUGUGACAUAUAAUGCAUUGAUUUCUGGGUUUUCUAGAGAGGGUAAAACGAAGGAGGGAGAAGGUAUGAUUGAUGAGAUGUUGGACAAGGGAUUUAUAACUGAUAUUGCAAGUUAUAACCGGUUGAUGGAUGGACUUCAGACUGGAAACAAGUCUGCUCAUUGUCAAAGAAAUUUCAUGGGUGGGUGAGUUAAUAAUAUUUGUUUUGGUUGGUAUUCUAAGUUUUUGCAGUUCAGAAGUUCUUGAGGCUAAUGUUAACUGUCACUUGCUUUACUUAUCAAAAUGUCAACUUCACUUGUUAGUGAAGAAGAGAGUAGAGAGAUUCAUUUGAAGUUGCUGAUUUUAAUAUUGUUCACAUAGAAAAGCAGGUUUGGCAAGUGAAAUUGAAAGUAUUGAGGCACUUUCAAGAAUUGUUGGAUUCAUUUGUAGAGGGAUCCUAAAUUGGGAAUUGAGUUCUUAGUGGAAUUAUUGAUUUAAAAAUCGUGUGGCAUUCUAGUUUAUGUAUAGGGGACAUACAAAGGCUGGCAUAAUACAAUGUUUAGUAGUUUUUUCCCGGAAUAUCUUCUGCACCAAAUCAUACUUUGGGAGUAGGUGUAUAUUCAUUGAUUCUCAUCAAUGGAAUACCAGAAUGAUCCUGCAGAGUUUCAAGAGAUAUGGCCAAGUAUAUUCAUUUUCAUCCUUCUCUUUUGUAACCAUGGCUAAGGCAUCAAGUCAUUAGAGACCUGAAUGUGGUGAAAUGGUUAGAGGCUUUUGAAGGGCAAUGGGAGCUUUCAAACAUCUUCAUUGUARUUUAUUAAUCAGUCUAUGGUUCUUGGAUGCAAAGUUGGUACAAGCACUCUAAAGGAUUGACAAUUGUAGUUCUUGUUCGAGGAGGUCUUACUCUAUUUGCUACCUGCCACAUACUUAAAAGCAUUUCUCUUGGAUUCAACCAUGGAUCAAACUUCCAAAGCUAUAUGGUAUCUAGUGGUUGAAUGUUUUACGACAAGCUUGGCCUUAUAAGAGAUGUAGUAUCUCCUUCAAGGGUUACAAAUGUGAUUGAAACCUUCCAGUGUAUUGCCUUUUCUUAUUUAUGUAUCUAUGCACAUUUAUUUAAUACGUGGUGCUUAUUGCAUAUAGAGAAAGUUGAAGGAAGAUUUUCUGUGGAAUGUGUUGAACAACAAAAAGUACUAUGGUAAAAUGUGAGGUACUUUGGGGGGGUCCAUUUAAUGGCAAGUUGAUUGCCCAUUGAAACAACUGAAUGGAGUUUGGGCAGAUGACCAUGGAGAUGCUGAAUGAAUAACCGAGCUUGUUGGAAGAUUAUCUCUUGCAAAUAUGAGAACAGAACAGCUAGAGUGGGAGUCAUACUUCUCAAAAUGGUGGCUAUGGUUCAAGUAUGUGAGAAGGGAUCUUAAGGUCAAUUAAGGUUUGGAAUUAUCAUGGCUUUAGGCUGGCAAAAGGGAAUACUGUAUACAUCAGUUUCUCUCAUUGAAUGCAACCAUAUUUCUACUACUGUAUAUUUGAUGUUUUGAGUCUUUCUCCAUAUGGCCCAAAAGUUAUAAUAAUAAAACUGUAAGGUGUAGUAAGCAAUUUGAGGGAGGUGGACCAAUUUUGUAUAUAACAGUUGAUGUAUUGUAGCUAUCAA